AUGUGCGGGCGCACCUCCUGCCACCUGGCGCGGGACGCCCUGGCGCGGGCCUGCGCCUACCGCGACCGCCAGGGCCGGCCGAGGCUCCCCGAGUGGCGCGACCCCGGCGGCCGCUACGCCCCGUCCUACAACCUGAGCCCCCAGGCGCUCGGCCCCGUGCUGCUGUCGCGCCUGCACCUGGACCCGGAUGCAGACUCAUCAGAGCGUGUCAUUGCCCCCAUGCGAUGGGGUUUGAUUCCAUCAUGGUUCAAAGAAGAUAAUCCUUCCAAGCUGCCAUUCAACUUAACCAACUGUCGCAGUGAUACCAUGACGGAGAAGAGAUCGUUCAAGGUGCCUCUGGGAAAGGGAAGGCGCUGUGUGGUGUUAGCUGAUGGGUUUUAUGAGUGGCAGCGAAGCCAGUUGUCAAGUCGGAGUCAGCCUUACUUCAUCUACUUUCCCCAGACCAAGACAGAAAAGUCAGGCAAUAUUGCUGCUAUAGACCGGCUUGAGGACUGGAACAAAGUAUGGGACAGCUGGCGCCCACUGACCAUGGCUGGCAUCUUCGAAUGCUGGGAGCCCCCACACGGAGGAGACUGCUUGUAUUCCUACACUGUCAUCACCGUGGAUGCCUGCAAAGGCUUGAGUGACAUCCACCCCAGGAUGCCUGCCAUCUUGGAUGGAGAGGAGGCUGUCUCUAAGUGGCUUGACUUCGGCGAGGUCUCAACUCUGGAAGCCCUGAAAUUGAUCCACCCCACAGAGAACAUCGCCUUCCACCCCGUUUCUUCUGUGGUUAACAACUCACGAAACAACACUCCAGAGUGUGUGACUCCUGUCCACUUAGCCGUGAAAAAGGAGCCCAAAGCAAGUGGCAGCAGCCAGAAGAUGUUACAAUGGUUGACCACAAAGUCACCCAAAAAGGAAGACCCCCAAAAGGCAGAGUCAGAUGUGCCCCAGUGGUCCAGCCAGUUCCUACAGAAGAGCACACUCCCCACUAAGAGGGGAGGGGCAGGACUCUUGGAGCGAUGGCUUAAGCAGGAGCAGCCCCUGGCCAAGAGGCCUCAUAGCCAGUAGGGAGUCCCUGCUGAGACCAAGGGCACCCCGAGUCCAAAGCUGUGGUGGUCUGCAUUCAGCAUGGUUGCCAUGGGAUCAGAAAGACAGCUCAGCAGGGAAAGCAUUUGCUUUGUAUGCAGCAGACCCAGGUUUGAUCCCACCAAAAACUAAACCAAAAAUCUAAAACACAUGGUUGCCAUAAAAGUGUCUUGAUUUGUGUGUUUUUGGGUUUGCCUUGGGAUGAGGUGUUGGAGUUGUGGGUAUAUGGAGGUGUUCAUCCUGGAUACAACGAGUCCCCUUCGUCACCACACAUGGCUCUGCCAUAUGGAGCCUUGCUUUGUGGGACCGCUGUGACCUGGUGCCACUAAUACUCCCUGAGUUUUGUUUUUGUGGUCACAGCCAGCGGUUCUCAGGGAUCACUCCUGGUGGACUCCAAGAACCAUAUGGGAUGCCAGAGAUCAAAUCUGGGUCUGCCAUGUGCAAGACCCUCUGCACUGUACUAUUGCUCCGGCCCCUUUGAGCUUAUUUGUAAAGUUAUUGUAAAGCAUUAAGUAAUUAUGUGGAUAUUUUUCUGAAUAAAAUA